AUGGUAGUGAAAGAAGACGAGCCUGCUUUGUUCGAUAAUUUACAGGGGAAGGGUUUGGAAAUCGAUAUGGAAACCCUUUCUGCACCUGUGAAGAAUGCCGUCGACAAGUUCCAAUUAGUCCCUGAAUUCUUGAAGAAGGACGUAACUAUUGGAAGAAUGCCUAUCAUGUUAAGAAGUUGUUGUUGCAUUUUGUACGGGAAGGAUGAAGAAGAACGUUCCAGAUAUGGUGAAUGCCCACUUGAUCCUGGAGGAUAUUUUAUCGUCAAAGGUGCAGAGAAGGUGAUAUUGAUACAAGAACAACUAUCAAAGAACAGGAUAAUAAUUGAUGUUGAUAGGAUGGGCAGGGUGCAAGCAUCAGUCACGAGCCUAACGCAAACAAAAAAGAGUUUGACGGUUAUAAAAAUGGAGGGAGAGAAGUUUUAUGUGUACUUGAACCAGAUGAAGGCCAAGGUUCCCAUCAUGGUUGUCAUCAAAGCUAUGGGUAUGGAAAGUGAUCAAGAAGUUGUCCAGAUGCUUGGAAGGUACCCUCGGUAUGGUGAGCUGUUAAUGCCUUCAAUUAAGGAAUGUACCGAGAUAGGUGUACGAACUCAACGCGAGGCAUUGUGGUUCCUCAAAGACAUGGUUAAGUCACCAUAUUACACCAUGGACGAGGAGGGGCAUGCUUUGAGUAUCCUUCAGGAUACAUUUCUUGCCAAUGUCCCUAUGAGUCAGAAUAAUUUCCGACCAAAAUGCAUAUAUGUUGCUCUAAUGUUGAGGCGCAUGAUGGAAGCUAUCUUAAGCAAGGAUGCAAUAGAUGACAAGGAUUACGUGGGAAACAAACGAUUGGAACUGUCUGGCCAGAUGCUGUCGUUACUUUUUGAGGACUUGUUCAAGACAUUGAAUGCCGAAGUCCGCAAUACAAUUGAUAAGAAGUUAGCAAGGGCAAAUCAAUUUUUUGACAUUUCUCAGAGUAUAGUGAAAGAUAGCAUUAGUGUUGGUCUAGAAAGAUCUCUUUCUACUGGAAAUUGGGAUAUCAGAAGAUUCCGGUAUCACCGCAAGGGAAUGACACAGGUUGUUGCCAGGGGCUCGUACGUUGCAACUUUAGGUCAAUUGACAAGGAUCCUUCCACAAUUCGAAAAAUCAAGAAAAGUUAGCGGCCCAAGAGCUCUCCAACCCAGCCAGUGGGGCAUGUUGUGCCCGUGUGAUACCCCAGAAGGUGAAGGUACUGGAUUGGUGAAAAAUCUGGCACUGAUGACUCAUGUAACUACUGAUGAGGACAAAGGACCUCUCAUGUCUCUGUGCUACUCUCUUGGUGUAGAAGAACUGGAUUCACUCUCAGGUGAAGAACUACAUGUACCAAACUCCUAUUUGAUUAUACUCAACGGACUUAUUCUUGGCAAGCACAGGAAGCCGGAGAGAUUUGCCUAUGCAAUGAGGAAACUGCGAAGGGGUGGUAGAAUUGGCGAGUUCGUAAGUGUUUUUGUGAAUAGAACACAGAUUCUAAUAAACAAAAUCCUCUCGCAGCGUCGUGUUUACAUUGCUUCAGAUGGUGGACGUGUCUGCCGUCCACUUGUAAUUGCAGACAAAGGCGUGACAAGAAUUAAGGAGCACCAUAUGAAGGAAUUGAAGGAUGGACUCCGUACGUUUGACAGCUUUCUGAAAGAAGGCUUGGUCGAAUAUCUUGAUGCCAAUGAGGAAAACAAUGCUUUGAUUGCCUUAUAUGAAAAGGAUGCUAACGAAAGAACAACCCAUAUCGAGAUCGAGCCUUUUACCAUAUUGGGUGUGGUUGCUGGGUUGAUCCCAUAUCCUCAUCAUAACCAGUCGCCAAGAAAUACAUAUCAGUGUGCUAUGGGUAAGCAGGCUAUGGGCAACAUUGCAUAUAAUCAGGCAAGUUACUUUUGUCCUCGUACAUUACGUAGGAUGGAUAAUUUAUUGUACCUCUUAGUUUAUCCUCAACGCCCAUUACUAACAACACGAGCUAUUGAGCUGAUCAGCUACGAUAAACUGGGAGCUGGACAGAAUGCAACUGUUGCAGUCAUGAGUUAUAGUGGAUACGACAUAGAGGAUGCAAUUGUAAUGAAUAAGUCGUCCUUGGAUCAUGGUUUUGGGCGUUGCAUUGUAAUGAAAAGAACGUCUGCAGUUAUCCAGAAAUAUGAGAAUGGCACUUCUGACUGUAUUAUAGGGCCGCAAAAAGGAUCUAAAGGCAUGCAGAUUUUGGACAGUGAUGGACUAGCUGCUCCUGGACAAAUUAUUCGGAAGGAUGAUAUCUACAUAAACAAGCGGACUCCUAAAGUCACCAGGGGCAAACGCAAUUUUCAUGUGGAUGUGUCUGAUAGUGCAUACUAUCAUACUCCACUUAGAUACAGUGGUUCUAAUGGGGAAAACACUGUUGUGGAUAAAGUCCUACUCUGCCGUAACAGGAAUGACAAUCUAUGCAUCAAAUUAAUGAUACGUGAUACUCGGAGGCCAGAGGUUGGUGAUAAAUUUAGCAGCCGCCAUGGGCAAAAAGGAGUUUGUGGCACCAUUGUUCAGCAGGAAGAUUUACCCUUUUCAGAAAGGGGAAUAUGUCCGGACUUAAUCAUGAACCCUCAUGGAUUUCCUAGCCGUAUGACUGUGGGAAAGAUGAUAGAACUUCUUGGUAGCAAAGCUGGAGUUUCAUGUGGUAGGUUUCACUAUGGCAGUGCAUUUGGGGAGCCCAGUGGUCAUGCAGAUAAAGUUGAAACGUUAAGUGAAACCCUUGUGAAUCACGGUUUUAGCUACAACGGCAAAGACUUCAUUUACUCAGGCAUUACCGGAGAGCCACUGCAAGCAUAUAUAUUCAUGGGUCCGAUUUAUUACCAGAAGUUAAAGCACAUGGUGUGCGAGAAGUGUGGUCUCCUGGGAUAUCACGACUUUAAGCUAAAGACGGGCUAUUGUUCUACUUGUAAGGACGUGAAGAAUAUGUCCUCUGUUAAAAUGCCUUAUGCAUGCAAGCUUUUAAUCCAGGAGCUCCAGUCGAUGAAUAUUAUUCCUCGUUUAAAGUUAUCUGCGGCUUAAAUGGAUGUUGAAGUCCCUUUUUUCCUUUUUUGUGUAUGAUAUCCUUUGAAGCAAUGUGUUUAUAAAAAU